UUGAUGAUGCAAAGGAGUGUGAAACAUCCUGGUUACCAAACAUAUGUCAAAGCAAUAUAAAACUGCGACAGAAAGAUCAUUCUCGUGAAAAGAAAAAGAAAUAUGUGUUUGAAUUUUCACAAGGAAAUCGCUUUGAUAGGUUAAUUAAACUAUGUGCAAUGAUGUUAGGAACAGAGGCCACCCUUGAGUUGUUUGGUAAAGUGGGGCGAGAACCGGGCAUGAAAGGAUACAAUGCAUUGGUAGAAAUAUGUAUAGCUAAGGCCAGGGGAACUGAUGAUGAAGACAUUGUAAUAGAAGAAAUGGGGAAGGUUUUUCACCUUUUUAAAUCUAUGAGGGAACAAGGUUUACAGCCAGAAGAGCAAACAUAUCGCCCACUUCUUUUGUAUAUAAUUGACAUGCGAAUGGUUGAAGAGUUUCAAUUUUUCUGUCAUGUUAUCAAAGAUGGGAAUCCCAAUUCAACUACGAGACUGGGUUACUAUGAAAUGUUGCUGUGGUUAAGGGUUAAUAAUGAAGAAAAGAUCCAGGAUCUUUGUAACUAUAUUGCAGAGAAUGACGGUGAAGACACCUCUGAUUUACGAGAAAGUUAUUUAUUGGCUCUUUGUGAGAGUGAACGGAAGGAGGAGAUUUUGGAGCUGUUGGAAAUCGUAGACAUAACAAAGCUUUCGUCUGUUGAAAAGAUAUUUCAGGCAUUAGGAAGGUUACUAUUGGAACCUGUUGCGGAGAAGUUCCUUUUGGACUUCAGAACAAGUGAUCAUGAAGCAGAUAAUAUUACAAACUUCAUUGCUAGUUAUGCUGUUAGCAUUCCAAAUUUAUUGGUUGAGGAUGCCAUCGAAAAAUUCAAGGAUUUGCACCAAAAUCUAGAAGUUACACCUUCAUCCUCAUCAUACGAGAAGCUCAUUUUACAUAGCUGUGCAUUGCUCAAGCCACAUGUAGCUCUUGAUAUUGUCGAUGAAAUGUGUGAAGCAGGCUUGACUCUAUCAACUGAGGUGUUACACUCCAUAUUACAAACUUGUGACGAAGCAUCUGAAUAUAAUUUGGUCCAUCGGAUCUUCUCUACCAUACGUCGCUACAAUUUGGAAUCAAAUGAUGAAACAUUCAGAUGUAUGAAAGACUUGUUCUUGAAGAUGAAAGAUCUUGAAGGUGCAUACAAGAUGCUUGAUGAGUUGGAGGAAAUAAAUUUGAAACCAACAGCAGGCAUGUACAAUGCGAUAAUGGCAGAAUGUUUUCGGGAGAAAAACAUUAGUGAUGGGGUGAAGGUCCUUGAGCACAUGCAAUGUGCUGAUAUAAAACCUGAUUCACAGACUUUCUGCUACCUGAUUAACAGCUCUGAAACUGAAGAGGAUAUAGUGAAGUAUUAUGAAGAACUGAAGCAAUCCGGAAUCAAAGCUACAAAGCAAAUUUUCAUGGCACUUAUAAAUGCUUAUGCUGCUUGUGGACAGUUGGAGAAAGCAAAACAGGUAGUCUUAGAUCCAUUGAUACCGGCGAAGAGCUUGAACCAAAUCAAGAGUGUUCUUGUCUCAGUUCUUGCAUCACACGGGCAAUUGUCUGAGGCUCUUCUUAUUUACGAGGAAAUCAAGCAAGCUGGACACCAUCUGGAGCCAAAAGAUGUUAUGAGUCUCAUUGAGCACACUCAUUCCGACGGAGAGUUGGAUACUUUGCUUCUGCUACUUGAGGAAUUGAAUGAUUCAAAUUAUUGGAAUGAUGCUUGCUGCAGAAUCAUCUUGUAUUGUAUUUGGAAUAACCAUCUAAGUUCUGCUAUUGACUUGUGUGAGCUCCUCAAGGAGAAGUACCAAAAUGACGAACUAGUCAUGGAAGUUCUCUUUGAUAAGGUGUUUUCUCUGAUUGAAGAGUCAGAUUCCAAUCAUUUGCAAACUUGCCUCGAGUUGCUUUCUGAAAUCAAGGAUAAGCUUGGCCUUUUGCCUUCAAAGAAAUGUUAUGAUUCUCUGCUAAGUGCUCGUGCCAAUGCCACUAAUUUAUAUAAUGCUGAAUGAGGCUCCUUAAUAAGAGGGGUAUGUGUAGUGCUCUUCACCAAGUUUGCUUCUAAUAGGGGCUGAUGUACAUACAAAUUGACCCCGCUAACAAAUUUCUAUGAAUUGUACUAUAUAACCAUUUGCCCCCCAAAACAUUUAGAAUUGCACU